CGUUUUCACUGCACAACAAACGUUAAAUACAUUUCACCUAUUUCUCUUUAAUUUAUCAUCUUUCUAAAAUAAAACUCACUCUACAGUCGUUAGACACGUUUUUAAGUCACGAAUAAACAUUGAAACUUCCACUAGUUGCUUUUGACUGAAACACCCAAAUGAAGCUGAACCUCGCGUGCUGGCUGCUGAUUUAUACUCGCGCCUAAUUACCUCCAGCCGUGGCUGAGCGUCUCGUGCAGAUUGAAAGGGAAGGGAAAGGUAGAAGGACAGCACAGCAGUCUGUUGCGAUGAAAACAAAGUGGUGUAUAAUGUGGAGUGUUUUAUCACUUGGCAUCCUCAGCUACGCACAGGGCACUUCUGAAUCUCCAUUCACCAGAAGGAAAACGCAUUUUAAACAACAACAAUCCAAAUCAGUCAAACAUUUAACGACAGACGACAGAAAACUCUCCCACCGGUUACCUGCCAUCCCUUCCCCAUUGUCUGUACUCACUUCCGCGUUUAUGCGUCCAGAGGAAAAGCUCCAGUCGGACUUUGCUUACCUGCAAGACGUUUCUGUCACCUGCUCCACGGCUGACUUUGUCUUGCGGGUCAAACCAGUUUUCUACGGCCAUGGUGCCAAUGCAGAGGAGCUGAGACUAGGCAGCGGCUGCAAAAGCAACGGGGUUCUCAGACCCUACGGUGACCUGCUCUUCACGUACCCUCUGACGGCGUGUGGAGCCGUGCGGGAGUCGCCCCCCGGUUAUCUCCUCUACAAAUUCACACUCCAUUAUGAGCCUUCGCCAAAACGUUUCCCAACCAGAGCGCAGCGGAUCGAUGUGGACAUUGAAUGCCGUUAUCAAAGGAACCACCAUGUGCACAAGCUGACAGUGCAGCCCACCUGGGAGACUCCUGUUCUGCGUAAAAAACUGAAGGGAAAUGCAAAUGACUUCCAGAUGGAGUUGAUGGAUGAUUUGUGGAGCACACCUGCCCAGUCACGGGUGUACCAGCUUGGAAAGACGGUUAAUUUCCAGAUCUCUGCACCUCAUCUCUCAACUGGUUCAAAACUGUACAUCAAUAGCUGCUAUGCUUCACCAUCCAGUGACUCUAAAUCAUCCCUCAAAUACAGCAUCAUUGGCAAUUUUGGCUGUAUGCUGGACAGUAAGAGCGACCCAGGGGCGUCUCGGUUCGUCUCUCGGACAGACAAGACCCUGAGAUUCUCCAUCCAGGCCUUCCAGUUCACUGCAGACCCUGACUCGGAGGUUAAUAUUCACUGCAAGUUAUUAGUCUCAUCUGAAGACCCGGGUCCUGCUCACAAAUCAUGCACCUACAAAAAGGACAGGUGGAAGGCCCUCUCUGGUGACAAGACCAUAUGUGACUGCUGUGAUUCACAGUGUGUGCCCUCUAAACUCCAGAGGGCCAUGAUGGAAGGUUUUUCCAGCAGUGGGUCUUUGCUGGUCUCUGAUCAGCCGUACACGACAGAAGAUGACCUUCUACCAGUCGGCAUUAGCGGAGUCGGCCAUGUCACGAUGCAUGACACCGAUAAGCUGCAAGAGACCCCGCUGGAAAGUGAUGAUGUAGUGACUUAUGAUGAUUACAACGAAGAGCUAGACUACGCAUAUGAAGAAGAGGAGGAGGAAGAGGGGUUUGAAGAGGAUGAAGAAGGAAGUGGGUUUAUCCUUGGAGUGAUACCUGAACCUCAUUCAGAGGAGUUAGGAUUUAGGGACAGGGUUUCAGUUGAGUCUAAGGUGAAGGAUUCACAUCAGUUAAAAGAGGAUGGGUCAGGGUUUGUAGGGCGAGAAGAGAGUGAAGAGCAGGAGGAAUUUAAAGGAGGAGAAGAUGAGACCCAUUGGAAUCAGGAGGAGGCUGAAGUCUUACGUCAUUGGGAGCAGUUGGAUGAAAUCUUCACAUCACAAGUCGUCCCACAGAGAGAAUCACACCUGCCGGCCUCUGAAAGUGAGGAAGAGGAGAGGAAGCAUACAGGUGGAGGUGAAGAGCAUGAGAGGAAGCAUACAGGUGGAGGUGAAGAGCAUGAGAGGAAGCAUACAGGUGGAGGUGAAGAGCAUGAGAGGAUGGAGGAGAGGAAGCAUAUAGGUGGAGUUGAAGAGCAUGAGAGGAUGACGGAGGAGAGGAAGCAUACAGGUGGAGUUGAAGAGCAUGAGAGGAUGGAGGAGGAGAGGAAGCAUACAGGUGGAGGUGAAGAGCAUGAGAGGAUGACGGAGGAGAGGAAGCAUACAGGUGGAGUUGAAGAGCAUGAGAGGAUGGAGGAGGAGAGGAAGCAUACAGGUGGAGGUGAAGAGCAUGAGAGGAUGACGGAGGAGAGGAAGCAUACAGGUGGAGGUGAAGAGCAUGAGAGGAUGAUGGAGGAGAGGAAGCAUAUAGGUGGAGGUGAAGAGCAUGAGAGGAUGAUGGAGGAGAGGAAGCAUACAGGUGGAGGUGAAGAGCAUGAGAGGAAGCAUACAGGUGGAGGUGAAGAGCAUGAGAGGAUGGAGGAGAGGAAGCAUAUAGGUGGAGUUGAAGAGCAUGAGAGGAAGCAUACAGGUGGAGGUGAAGAGCAUGAGAGGAUGACGGAGGAGAGGAAGCAUACAGGUGGAGUUGAAGAGCAUGAGAGGAUGGAGGAGGAGAGGAAGCAUACAGGUGGAGGUGAAGAGCAUGAGAGGAUGACGGAGGAGAGGAAGCAUACAGGUGGAGGUGAAGAGCAUGAGAGGAUGACGGAGGAGAGGAAGCAUAUAGGUGGAGUUGAAGAGCAUGAGAGGAUGGAGGAGGAGAGGAAGCAUACAGGUGGAGGUGAAGAGCAUGAGAGGAUGGAGGAGGAGAGGAAGCAUACAGGUGGAGUUGAAGAGCAUGAGAGGAUGGAGGAGGAGAGGAAGCAUACAGGUGAAGAGCAUGAGAGGAUGACUGAGUGGGAGGAUGACGACAGUCUAGAAGAUUUCGUAGAUGAUGGAGAGAGUACCUGGUAUUUCCCAUGGAGGUAGCGUUGGGUCAAUGGAUCGAUCAGUAUUCUGCUCAAAGACCCUAACCCCCAUGAUAGUAGGAUAUUCUGAUUUAUUUCAAUAAAAAACAUGAAAAUGCA